UCUGCAAAUGCCAAUGAGCUUAGUCCAAAAAAUCGACAGCCUGUGCAAUCAUAUCGCCCUCGGAAAAAGCAAAGCAAACACUGAAGAGCCAAUAAUCAUGCGCGCCCAUACGGGCCUUGUUUUCUCCGCCAUCGAUUUCCCGGGCAACAAAAGCAAUCAAGUCGUUUGCGUGCCCAGGCCCAGGCAACCGACAGUAUAUAACCGAAUUCUCCCCUCAACUCUGUGUGCACCUGGGCACUCAACCACCUGCCUAUCACCUGAUUGCACUAAUAUCUUUGACUGGUCCGCAACGAAAAAUCCGUCCACGGCCACAUCAAUAUAUACAUCAACGGCAUCAAAGGAUAUAAUCAACCCACCCGCUCCUCGGUCACGACAUUGGCUUCCAGGCUACCAAUAAUAGGGACGUUCACACGCAAGCCCAGUCAUACCAUGGAGUCCUACACACCUGAACGAAUGGUGCAAGCCAUCGCCCUUGCGGUUCCUGCGAAUAGAGCCCCGGAGGAUUCCCCUCUUGCUCGAAAGCACACGCGCAGUCUCGGCAAAAAGCAAAACAUGCCUACCAUCUCCUCCAGUUCUUCCGCAUCUUCAUCCUCAGACAAUGAGAGCGAUAGUGACAACGAUGUGCCCAACGAACGCACUCCCCUCUUCAAUCAUCUACAAACGCCGAAGCCGAAACAGGGGACCGGCAUAUAUGCGUCACCAGCCCGACCGAUCGCCUCGCCGUCUCCACUGAAGAACGGCAACUACGAAGUAGAGGCUGAUUUUCUCCAGGCGAUGAUGAUCGUGUUAGAGCGGGAGGCCAAUAUGAACCGUAGCGAGGGCAUCCCCAUGACACAUCGCGAGGUGAAGAAGAUUGUACGAAAAGAGCUCAAGAGGGCGGACGAGGCCAAACAAGAUUGCAACACCGAUGAGCCAUCGCCAUUGAAACCAUCUAGAAAUGAGCGGAGGAACAGUGUGGGAACAAACAAGGUUGAAAAAGAGGGCACCGAGGAAUGUGAAGACGAGAGAAAAGCUAGACUCGCUGUCCGCGCCGCUUUCUCGCUUUCCACCCCUACCACGCCAUACUCCCGUCCCCCUCCUCCCGAUACAUACAUUCUGAUCCAAAACAUCGUGCGGGACGAACUCUCCCUUCAAUCUCACUCCCCUACGCAAAAGGAAAAACAUCCGCACGAAUACAUCUCCCCAUCGACAAUCCUCCGCGCUUCCAUAACCAUAGCCGGACUCGAAGCCAUCCGUCGGAUCUUCGAACAUCACCCUCAAGAAGCAAAGUGGAUCUUCGGUGGUGCAGGAAAAGCCGGGGCAUACGUCUUCGGGGGGUUCCUCGCUGCUAAAGGGUUUCUUUGGAGCGUUGAGCAAUGGUGGGCGGACCAGGACGAGGAAGGGAGGCUCUUUCGAGGAGAAUAUGGAGUCGUGGGUGGGAAUGAGAUUGCGGGGGUUGGAGCAUAG